GAGAGAAGGAGAAGGCGUGGGUGCAGUACGCAAUACACAUGUGUACAAUUACAUAAAUGAGUUCUAAUUACAAAUAAUAAAAUCAUAAAAAAAUUGUACUAUGAAUUUUAAUGAUUUUUUUUAUUUGAGAUUGAAGGCUCUUAUGAUUAACAAAUCUAUUUUCUUUUUUUUUGACUUUAUGUCACGUUACGUAAGAUACCUUGCGAAAUAAUGUGCAUAUUUUUUGAAUAUCAUACAUCACAUAUUUAAAUAAUAAUGAUGGAAAUAAAUAACGUGGAUGAGGAAGACGAAAAUGUUGUGAUACAAGGUAGCGCUCUUCAUGAACAUCUGUCAAACUUGGGUUAUACCGACUUUGAAAGUGUAUCUAUAUCCAAGACAACAUUUUUGGAAGAGAAGCAAUAUUUAAAUAUUAAUAUUAGAAGUACUAUACAAAAAAUUUAUGAACAAUUAUUUUCUUUUUAUUCCUGGAUAACACAGGAAAAGAGCAUUUCUGAAAAGCAAUUGAAUGCUAUUUUGAAUGCAAAAGUUUUGUUGAACGAUCAUCUUUUUGCGAUUAAUAAUUUUAUAAGCAAGUGCAAUGACAAUUCUAGAAAAAUAAAGCUGCAGGAAUUAAUUGUGACUGGAGUAGUAUUAAUUUCUUCAACAUGUAUUUCGUUGUGUAAAUGUAAGGUGUUACCAAUAUUAUUUACAUCAUCUGCAAUCUUUUGUGCCGGUUACAUAAAAUACUUGCGUUUUUCUAUAAAUAGAGAUUUAAAAAAUGUUAUAUCAUUACAAAAUGAACUUCUUGCUAUGUGUAAAGAAAGUCUUAAGAUUUUACGACGUAAUUGUAAAUUAAAAUUGAAUUUUGAAACAUGUUUUCAACAAUUUUCUCAUUUCAUGGAAAGAAAAGUGCAAUAUUUACAACCUUUAACAAAAAUUUUAGUCGAAUUUAUGGGAAAUAUUACAUGUAUCUAUUACCAAUGUUCCCUAUCAAUUGCAAGGUUAUUGCCACCAGAUGUGUGUAAUGAAGAAUUGUUUACAAAAUUCGAGAGUAAUUCGUUUGAAAUAUCUGGUGAAAUCGACUAUCAAGCAUUAAAGAAAUUAUAUCAUACCUAUCUUCUGGUACAAUCAGAAAUGUUGUAUUUAUUAGCUAUUGCAUAUGAUAGCAAUACUUGGAUACAUCAUUGUCAAAUGAUCCCUGAAACAAAAUUAGCUCAUAUAAUUCACAUUUUGAUUAAGGAAUUGACAGUACAUAAAAUCAAAUUGUCGGAAAUUAUUAAUGCUUAUCAUAGUUGUAAAAUGGAACCAGUUCGACAUAAGACACAGAAGACCAAAUGGCAAGAUCCGACUGUUCAAUUGGAUUUGGCAUCGUACAAGCUACAAUUAGCCUAUAAUCAAGUGUUUUCAAUAUUUAAAAAUAUUGAUGAUUACAUUAGUCAGGAAAUUGACAUUGAUAGUGAAACAGCUGAGAUACUAAUGCAAAAGUUAGAUAGAGCAUUCAAAGAGAUUGAUGUAGCUAAGAGUUUGACAGAAUUUGUUGUUUUACUAAUGGCAAGAUCGGGAUUUCGUAAACCAAGGGAUGCUCAGUCUGUAACUAAUGAUACUAUGAUACAUCAGAAUCCCAAUUUGCCUGUAAUAAUGAAUUCAGAUCCGGAAAUUCUCGAUGAAGUAUUCGAAGAAUAUAUAAAAGAUGACUAUCUGGAACCUUUACACGAAGAAACAGACGAGUAUUUGUUGGAACAACGAAAACUGGAUAAACUUUUGGUAAAGAAUUUUAUUAGCGAAUUGAAAGAAGCUCUACUUGAUAAACAUAAAUCUAUGUCCGAACGAGAAUCGAAGGCCCUGCAACGUAUAUACAAAAAUAUAUCAAAAGAUUCUAUAUCGAAUACUGAAAACAAUAAAGACUGUCAAUCUAUACCUAUUCCACCUCCAAUGCCUGCUUACUAUAUAUGGUCAAAUCCAUCAAAUGAUAAUAAUUUGAGAUAUAAAAAAAUAAUUCCUUCCACUUGUAAGAUUAAAAAUGGUGAUUUAUCUAUUCAAAAAGAAAUUGAUGACUCGAAUGAAGAAGACGAUUCUGCAAGAAUACUAAAAUACAAGAAUAUUUUUAAUAUGCCAUCCAUGGAAGCCUGCAAAAUAGAAAAUGAGGCACCUCGUACGUAUUUACCACAGAUUCUGCUUCAAACACAAGCUAUACAAUUUGCUACAAAAUUACGACCCGCUUUUCUUCAGGAAGAGACAUUUGUAGGAAGUGGUGAAAAUUCUGAGGAUGAAAUCAUAGAUAAUUCAAGUGAUAAUGCAAGUAAUAAUAAUGAAGAGAAUGAAAAUUCUUGAUAUUUAUAUAAUAAUUUUUAAUAAUCUGAGAGCUUCUCAAAGUUCUUUUUUCAAAGCCGUAAUUAUUUUUUCUGAUUUAUAAUUCGCCGCCAACACGAGGAAUUUCUGAAAGUCAAGCUGUUCAAGUGCUGUAAGCAAAAAAUUGCGAAUAAAUAAAAAAAAAAUCGAAUUCUAUAAGUUAUAAUUUAUAUAUUUUGAAAUUUUAAUUCAAAUUUAAAAUAGUAUAUUGCAUAUUUUGCAUUUUUUAUAUUAUAUAAAGUUGAAAGUUAAAAAUUAAAAAUUCAAAUGUAAUUUAAAUGUGAUUGUCAGAUGCGCAUUAUAUGUAUAUACAUAUGUGUAUAUUG